UUAUUAUUAUUAGCAUGCGAUGAUAUAUUAUACUGUAUAAAUAACUUGUUGUUGGAGAGCAGGACUGUUAGUCACAUUUGUACUGUAAUUAAUAUGAAUUAAUAAGAGCGAGCCUACGCGUCAUUGAACAUCGACCCCAUAGCGGGGCAUGUUGUCACAAUAGGAACCUGCCAUUAUAAAGUUAGUACAUGCCUUUAUGCUUCUCAAAGUGUAAACAAUUAUUAUUGUGAUGAUUAAACUACAACAUAUAAAGCAUACAGACACUUCCCCUAAUAAAAAAACAAACAAAUCUAAUAAUUUAAAACAGUUAUGAAUUAGGUGUUUCUAAGCAUUUGAAUGUAUUAAUACAUUAUAGGCUAUUAUAAGUAAUAAACUAAAUAUGUAUAUGGACAUGUAUAACAGUAUGAUGAGGUAUAGAUAUACAGUAUGUAGAUAGAUACUGUACCUAUAAUAUAUACAUUCCCUCAUGCGUCAUUGCUGGUCAUUUAAAAUGAUUUGCGAUGCCAGCAGUUGCGUACUAUGCGUCUAUACGCUGGCGUGCGUUUGAAUUCUCCCUCCGCGGCGCGCGUUGGCUGGCGUUCAGCCCCCGCCUCAUGACGCAUCAACCCCGCGAUCUCGCUGCAUGAGAGCGGAGGCUCGACUGGGCCGUGCCCGCUGUCAGUCGCCUCGCGCCCGGGGAGAGAAGAGCGCAGAACCCGAGGAGAGACGCGCGCCGCGGCAUGUCCGUGUAACUGGCCAUGACUGUGAAUGCAGACGUGCAUCAUUCACACGUAAAGAGCGAAACGUCUCGCCGGGCCUCGUACAGACGCCACUCGACCGCGCCCAACCUCAGGGCGCCACAGGCCCGACGCCACUCGACAGCGGCAGUGUUUUGGAGAGAUUGAGUCGUCAUAGAAACGCUUCCCGCUGAAGUCUCCUGAACGCACACGGAGAAGACGAUGGAGUGUAAAAUCGCUCUGCUGGACGGUACAGACUACACCUGCACUGUAGAGAAACGGGCCAAAGGACAGGCGCUGUUUGAUAAAGUUUGCGAUCACCUCAAUCUUCUGGAGAAAGAUUACUACGGCAUCACCUACCGGGACGCUGAAAGCCAAAAGAACUGGCUGGACACGACCAAAGAGCUGAAGAAACAGAUCGGAAAUGGUCCCUGUAACUUUGCCUUCAAUGUGAAGUUCUACCCUCCUGAUCCUGCACAGCUCUCUGAAGACAUCACCAGGUAUUUCCUGUGUCUGCAGCUGCGAGAUGACGUGAUAUCUGGACGUUUACCGUGUUCUUUCUCCACUCACACCCUGUUGGGCUCUUAUACGGUGCAGUCUGAGGUGGGAGACUAUGACGCUGACCUGCACGGCCCCGGAUACAUCAGCGAGGUGCGUUUGGCCCCCAAUCAGACCAAAGAACUGGAGGAGAAAGUCAUGGAGCUUCACCGCAGCUACAUAGGAAUGAGUCCUGCUGAAGCUGAGAUGCUGUUCCUGGAAAACUCCAAAAAACUCUCCAUGUAUGGAGUCGACCUGCAUCAUGCCAAGGACUCUGAGAGUGUGGAUAUCAUGCUGGGUGUUUCUUCCAGCGGCCUCCUCGUCUACAGAGAUAAACUGCGCAUCAACCGAUUCGCCUGGCCCAAAAUCCUGAAGAUCUCUUACAAGAGGAACAACUUCUACAUCAAAGUCCGACCAGGAGAGUUGGAACAGAUCGACAGCACAAUCGGAUUUAAACUCCCAAAUCACAAAGCGGCAAAAAGACUCUGGAAAGUUUGUGUAGAGCAUCACACCUUCUUCAGGCUGGUGUCCCCCGAAGCUCCUCCGAAACGCUUCCUGUCACUGGGGUCAAAGUUCCGCUACAGCGGGCGAACACAAGCACAGACUCGGCGGGCGAGCGCUCAGAUCGCACGUCCCGCCCCUCAGUUCAAGCGCACGAGCAGCAGACGCCACACCGUCGCAGUCAGCAUGGACAACGCUCCAGCGAAUAACCAUGACAACGUGAAGUUCUCCAAGCCUGUCAUUACUACGGAUGACCUCAUCACUGCAGAAACACCGGAGAAGAAAGUAGAGGAGAUGAACUCUGUGGAGGAGGAGAGUAAAACUGAUGAAUCAGAACAAGCCCCGCCCACUUCAGUCACCAAGUCAUGUCCGUACUCGUCAGGUCCGCUAGGUUCCGAGCUCUCCCUCCCCUCCUCGCCCGUUUCCUCUCCGAAAGUCCGCAGAAGACGCCGGGAGAGCAGCCGCAAGCGCGCCGCCUCCGUCAGUCCCGCCAAAACCACGGCAGGUUGCCGGCGGCGGCAGGCCCAAGCGGAUCGCAAAGCCGCGCUGCUGGAAGAACGGGCGCUCCUGCUGUCCGCUCGUAAACAGAGGCUGGACCAGAACCGGACCAGAGGAGGAACGCUCUUCUCGUUUUCCCUUCACCUUCCCGACCUCUCGGCGCUCCUGGAUGACGACGGAUACCUGAGCUUCCCUGACCUCACGGAGCUGCGCUUCCUGCCCGAGAGCCUGCAGCACUUCAUUCCCAUCAAGUCUCCAUCUCUCAUUCCCUGUUUCCUCUUCAUCUUCUUCUUCCUCCUGUCCACGUCUUUCUCCGUUCCGUACGCUCUCACGCUGUCAUUCCCGCUGGCGCUGUGUCUGUGCUAUCUGGAGCCGAAGGCGGCGUCGCUCGGGUCGUCUCUGACGCAGGGUUUCCGGGACAGUUCAGAUGAUGAGACAGACAGCGAUCGGACCGACUUUGCUUGUGAUGACGACACUUCUGCGACUGAGUCAGACUCUGAGGACGACUCUGACACAAGGAUGCAGUAUAGUUUCAUAAAGCGGAUAAAGGGAGAGAAUGUGUUUGUCAAGCACAGUAAUCUCAUGUUAGAGGAGACUGACACCCCUGCAGAACUUAAGAAACAUCAGAUGAUCAUCAGCGAGUUGAAGAGGUCGUUUUUGGAGGUGCGUCCCGAAGCGUGUGUUGUGAACGAGUGGGGCAGGAGACUUUCCCCAUCACCUGUGCGCUGUCCUCUACAAGAACGCCCCUCUAUCAUUAAACCACUCGUGUGCACACAGGAAGUGUCCUCUGAGGUUAAAGCAGACCCGGAAGAAGUUUCAGAACAGUCAGAUCAUGUGACGGAUGCUGUUGAGAGUUCAGUUGAGCUACAACAAGAGGUGUUUUUGGAGUCAGGGGUCAUAGAGGAAGAGAAGGAAACUUCAUCAGAGACCAUAACUGAGAAGACCACAGAGAGAGAGAUCCAAUGUGUGAAGACGCAGUAUGAGGUUGAGAGGGCAAAAGAUAUGAGCUCAGUGCCCUCUGUUGGUCAAAAAGAAAAGUACAUGGUGGCUUUGAAUGAAGCUAUUGCAAUGGGGAGAUACUCUGCACGUUCAUCUAGUGUAGAAGAUGAAAGUGUAGUUGAAAGAAAGGUAAAAGAAGGUGCCAUUCUGGAAGAAGAUGUGCAGGGAGCCAAAAGCUGCAUUGGACCCUUUAUCGGUUGGGCAGUACCUGUGGAAUCUGAUUGGCUUCCUGUACAAACCUCUAAUCAGACCAAAGGGAUUCUUGCUGGAAACCAAGCAGCGAUGUGCCAUAAAGAAGAUGGUAGUGGUGUUGUAGAAAUGAACAAACACAUUGUCCUUUCAUGGGAACAGCAAGACCAAAGUAUUGACUCUGAAGAAGAUAUUAAGGAUACUGAACCCGGUGCCCUGGUAGAGAUCUCUUCAAAAACUCAAGACGAGGAGAUGGUGAUAUUGGAGAAUGUGAACUCUAAUGAGAUGCCAGUAUUUUACAAUGACAACGUUGAGAAUUCCAAUCAAGAGUGGGUUGAUGAAGUGGUUGGGGACAUUAAGAACUUUGAUUAUUCUCAACACUUGGAAUGUAAUGAAGAGGAACAUGUAGAGGAAACCAUUAUCUUGGAGACUAAAGUUGAGAGGCAGCCCUGUGGAGAAAUGGAUGAACAGACUGUCCAGAUCUGGCAUGAGAGACACCAAAGUAUUGAGUUUUCAGAGGAGAUUGAGGAAACUGAUAUAGAUACUCCGCUUGGGAGAGAAGAAACCUUCUCAGAAACCCAAGACUGGGAGGAGUUGUUGGAGAAUGUGAACUCUAAUGAGAUGUCAGAAUUUUACAAUGACUGCGUUGAGAAUUCCAAUCAAGAGUUGGAUGAUGAAGCAGUUGGAGACAGUGAAAAGAUAAACUACUCUCAACACUUGGACUUAAAUGAAGAAGAACCUGUGGAGGAACCCAUCAUCUUGGAGACCCAAUUUGUGAGGCAGCCCUGUGAAGAAAUGGUUGAACACACUGUGUCGAUCUGGGAUCAAAAAGGUCAAGGUAUUGAGGUUGAAGAGGAAAUCGAGGAAACUGAAAUUGGUACUUGCUUUGGUAGAGAAGAGUCCUCUUUAGAAACCCAAGAUGAGAGGUCGGAGAACGUGAACUCUAAUGAGAUGCCAGUAUUGUCCUAUGAUAUACUUGAGAAUUCCAAUCAAGAGUUGGUUGAUGAAGCCGUUGGGGACAAUGAAAAGUUAAACUAUUAUCAACACUUGGACUUAAUUGAAGAAGAACCUGUGGAGGAACCCAUCAUCUUGGAGACCCAAAUUGAGAGGCAGACUGUCCAGAUAUGGGAUCAUGAAAACCAAAGUAUUGAGUUUGUAGAGGAGAUUGAGGAAACUGAAAUAGAUACUCCCCUUGGGAGAGAAGAAACCUUCUCAGAAACCCAAGACCAGGAGGAGUUGUUGGAGAAUGUGAACUCUAAUGAGAUGUCGGUAUUGUCCUAUCAAGAGUUGGAUGAUGAAGCAGUUGGAGACAGUGAAAAUAUAAACUACUCUCAACACUUGGACUUAAAUGAAGAAGAACCUGUGGAGGAACCCAUCAUCUUGGAGACCCAAUUUGAGAGGCAGACUGUCCAGAUCUGGGAUCAUGAACACCAAAGUAUUGAGUUUCUAGAGGAGAUUGAGGAAACUGAAAUUGGUACUUGCUUUGGUAGAGAAGAAACCUCUUUAGAAACCCAAGAUGAGGAGAUGUCGGAGAACGUGAACUCUAAUGAGAUGUCGGUU